AUGGAAGAAGAGAACAAGCUUGAGUAUGACAAGGAGAUACAAAGCAGUAAGGCCUCCGCUCAUAAGUGAGACUUUCACUCAGUCCUUCUCUAUACUGGAAGUGGUGAGAGCUCCAGAUCUCUCGAUGUAGGCCCAAAAUUAAAGAAAUUAGGUCUUAAAGAGAAGCCUCUGUUAGAUUAUCAUAUUGAAAUGCUUGUGAAGAGCAAGAUGUAUGACAUUGCUAUCGUAACUGUAAAAGAUGAUCCUAUUGAGAAGGAACUCCAAAACAUUAAUUUCUCUAAAUAUCUUGCCAAAAUGGGAAUAGCAAGAGAAAUUAUUCCAAAAUUAAAUGUGAGAGUGUUUGCUUUAAAGUAUACAGAAGACAGUACCAUAAAGGCAAUGCAGCUUAUUUCAAGUCAUCUAAAGAAAGAUUUAAUUAUUGUACAUGGUCAGUACUUGCUUGAGAUGAACCUUAUGGAUGCUCUUGCAAUCCACAAGAUCAACUCAGCAGAAAUAACUAUGAUCCUCAAGAAGCAAAGCGAUCUAGACCAGCAAGCUAAAAAGAAGGCUUUUGCUGAUAACUUCAAUAUCUAUGGCAUCAACAAAGAAAACAAUGAAGUGUAUUGAAUGUUUAACAAUUUUGAGGCUGAGGAUUCUAGUGGCUUAUCUAUCCACACAUCAAUCCUAAAGAAGUGCCCAUCAGCCAGAAUGACACUAAGGUCUGACAUCUGUGACACAGGUGUCUACAUAAUGAGGAACAUGUUCACAAAGAAACUUGAAAAACUUGACAGCAUUGAUUUCGAUCUUGUCAGGUUCAUGGUCAGGAACCAAUUCAAGAAAAAAUUGAGAGAUGUCAUUGGUAGAAACCAGCCAGACGAAGACACUGCUGAGAUCGAUGACCUCCUUGACGUUGAACUCAAGCUGAAAGACAAGAUAACUAUUAUAGCCUGAAUUAAGGAAGAAGAAGAGGUUGCUCUUGAGAUGAACAUCGUGAACCAACAACCUGAUAGUGAUGAAGAGGCUGAAGAAGAAGAUAGCAACCAACAAAUGUUCAUGUCUGACUCUGAUUAAGUUAUUUCAAUGAUAAAACAA